CGCGGCCUUGAGGACGUAUCACAGCGAGGGGUCAAGCUUCAUGUUAAGGUGAAAUCUUGUGCGAUAGGCUUGAUUCCCGGUCAAUUACGACAUCCAUGCGAUUUCAGAUGCUCGCUAUCAAGGACCGGUGAUCUGGGGAAAGGGGUGUAACCGUGGAGGUGAUGGGUGUAUAUCAUAGCGGUCAUCGCCGUGCCUCCAUCGAGCAAGCAAAACACUAGAACAGCAUCAAACGCUUACAAACAUGCCAUUCCUGACACUAUUCACCCGGACGAAGUCAUCCUCCAUUGACCUCCCCUCCUCACCUACCGCACCACGACCCUCCACCUCUUUCUCCGUCAAGACAGAGUACGAGGACGCAGAAGGCUGUACACUCGUCCUCGGUCGAGAAUGUAUAAGAGCUACGGAACCUGCAUGUCCAUAUGAUCGCUUCCACGACCGCUUAUCCGCAGCGCACCACUUCACGAACUCCAGAUCCACACGCCGUACAGCGGCUGCUUUGCCUCACCGUCUUCUCGCGUUCCACACAACCACAACUCUCCCGUCUCUGGGCGUCCUCACCCCACCAUGGCUGUCCGCAAUCCUCACCGGACGCGAUCCCACGAUAGCGUUAUUGACGAUCCAAGAUUUAUUGGUACCGAGUUCCCUUCGCGCAACGGCGACGUCAGACAGGGUACUCGAGGAUGUGUGGAAGGGGAUACUUGGGGUUUUGGUGGCAUGUCGAGAUUACACCUCUGUCAAUUUCUCGAGCUACGAAGACGGCUGGGUCGGCGCAGAACUGUCGGAGAGGUUGACAUCGGCUACAUCGACACCAACACACACGAGUGCGAGUACGAGUAUGAGUGCAAGAACGAGAUCACCGGCGGGUGGAUCGAAGCGUGCGAACGAGAGCGCCGCGCGAAAGGAUGUUAGGCCUGGGGCGGUGGGAGGGAUGAUGGCGUAUCGAUCGAGUCAAGAUAUCCGUCGUCCUACGCCGUUACAUCUACCUCAACGAACAUCAGGAUGGGGAGGAGCGCUUGUGGCAUGAUCAUUGUUUUCUCGAAAAAGGGACUGGCAAAACAAGAUAACGCUCAAUUGCAUGUUAUUCGCUCUCGCUCUACUAUAGCAAAAAGAACAUCUCACACACUACCCAUCUUUCCUUUUUUCUUCUAAAGUACACAGUGUACUGACCACCCAUUUUAGGCCUCAACA